UUUUUCUCUUCUCCUCUUUCUUUCCUCUCCCAAUCUAAUUCAAAUUCUCAUAUUUCUUCUUCUCAUCUCUUUUUUUUUUCUCCUUUUCUUAUCUCAAUUCUUCUCUUCUUAUUUUUCUUCUUCUUACUUAUUUCCUCUCUUUGAUUUCCCUUUAUAUUUUCUCUUUCAUCUCUUUCAUUUCCCUUUUCAUCUCAUUUCCUUAUCUUCUUCUUCUUUUCUAUUUCCUACUCUUCUUCUUCUAUCUCACUUCAUUAUUUAUUUUUCGAUUUUUUUUGCAUAUUUUUGUAUUUUUUUAAAUUUAAAUAAUUUUCUCUUUACUAAAAUUAUGCUAAUUGAUUUUGGAUUAUUUUGUGGUCAUGUUAUUCAUGUGCCUGCUAUUGGGAGGUUUAUAAACGCUAGCACAUGUCGACAUGUUAUUGAUAGAACGAGUUCGUUCGAGUGACCCUGCUAGUGGGGUUUAUACACCAACAAUUAGUGUGCCCGCCAGUGGGAGGUUUAUAACACUGGCCAUGACCUGUAGAGGAGACAUCUAUUUCAUUCCCGUACUGAAGCGAAACCGAGAACGGGGAAACCACGGGGAAACCACGGGAAGUGACGAGUUAGAAGGCUAGCCAUUUCGAGAUUAAUAUAGAUUUUAGAAAUAAAUCAUACUUUUGUAAGAUAGAUUUUACCUUGAAUUUAUGAGAUCAAAAUAGAUUUCGGUCAUUAGAUCAAUUACUUGGAUGUAAGUCAUUUUGGAUAUAGAAAUAAAUUGAAAUAUUUGAU